AUGUCUACUGAUCCUUUAUAUGGGCCCUUGAAUAGAAAUUUUAAUCCAAAUGUGAAUAUUAUACAUUGCAAUCUAAGUAUCAACUCUACCACCCUCUAUACCUACGAUAACCCAUUUAUUUCACAUCAUACUAGCUUAAACUAUCUAGAAAUUAUUACACAGAAGCUAGGUGAGGUCAAUGAAGUUCAGGAAAAUAGUAUCGACAGUAUGAAUGUGUCUCAGAGCAUCACCACCAACAACCAGGAGACUAGUUUGAUAAUAUACUACAAUAAGAAAGUAAUGGUUAAUGAUAGUAAUGAUUUGAUAACUGUUGUUAUUCUUUGUGGCACUCAACUAUUAGAGAGCUUUGUGCAAAACCUACUGAAAAAAAUACUGGACUGUUACGUUGAAGAAUAUUUCAAUAUAAAUAAAAAGUAUGAAUUUAAGUUGAAAAUGAGAGAAAUAAUUGAAGAUGAAGAGAGAAAAUUGGUGACACUUGUGCAAAACUAUGGUGCUACGGAGGAAGAUGUCAGUCUAGUGCGAGAUUUAAUGAACGAAAACAUCAAUAAAAUAUUAAAAAGAGGUGAUAAUCUACAAUCAUUAAUUAAUAAAACAUCAAACUUAAAUACCAACGCUAGCUCUUUUAGAAAAAAAGCUGUCCAUGCUAAAAGGAAAAUAUUUUGGUCUAACUUCAAGUUUGCAGGAAUGGUAAUUGUCACAUUGGCAAUACUAGGAUAUAUUUUUCUUGGUAUGGAAUGUGGAUUACCAUUCUAUGAAAAAUGUUUACAUCCUAAAAAACCAAGCCAACCUGAUCCUAACUAA